ACUUGGCUUUUUGGACUAGAGCAGUGUUUUUCAACCUUUUCUGAAUCAAGGCACAUUUUUACAUUGGAAAAAAUCUCACAGCACACCAAAAACCAAAAAUGUUUCAAAAUUACUUUCUGUACAGUAUAUUUAUUUAUAAAAUAGUUUCUCAAUAUUUAUACUUACUCAGUGGGAAACUUGUGCCUGUUUAGAUGAACCCAAAGUUGAUAUCCUGGCAGGAAUCUUCAUGAACAGCUCUCAGUCCCGGUUUUUAUUUUUUAUUUUUUUUAUAGCAGUUAGGCUUGAAAAUAGGCCUGUCGCGAUAACAAAUUUUAGUGUGCGAUAAUUAUUCUCAUAAAUUAUUGCGAUAUGCGAUAUUAUUGCGCCCACCAAAUUUUUUUAACCAAUUUUCAAUAACACAGUGAGAAUACAGUAUAUAUUAAUAGAUCAAGUACACCCAUUUAAACGCGAUAAAUAUUUACUCGUACAUUCAAAAAUACUUUUUUAAGAAAUCACAACUAAAAACAAUAGACUAUGCCUCUUAAGUAAAAAACAACAAUAUUGAUACCGCACAGAAACACAGAAUAAAUAAAAUGUGUUUAAAAAGAAAAAAAAAUGUUCUUAAUAACUUAAAGAGCAUAUGACACGAAAAAAAAAGUCUUAAAUGGCAUUGUUAUGGGAAUUAGAAUCAUAUUUUGAGACGAUUCGACUAUAUACAACAAUUUAGCAAAGCACAGAUGACGAGAAAUUAGUCUUUUAAUCUGCCGGUUAGCCACGCCUACCAUUAUAGGGUUUUAGCGUCCCCAACAGGUGGAUGACGUCAGCGGUAGACUGGGCUCAUCGGUUUCACUAUUCAGCCCAUUGAGGGGGAAUUACUCAAAACGAGGAAAACGCGACGAAGAGAGCCGCAAAAUGUCAUUGUUUCAGUCUCUCUACUCCAAUAUUUUUACAGGAUAUUCUUUUUAUCCAAGUAUUUUUCCCCAAUAGCUAUAUAAAUGGCUUGAGAAGGACCAGUCAGCCCGUCAAGGGGGAACUAUUCACAACGAGGAAAACGCGACGAAGAGAGCGGCAAAAUUACCGUGUGAGCAGCAGGCAUCUGUGACUAUGCCAGCUGGACUGGUGUUGGUGGAAGACUUUGUUUCUCAAGAGGAAGAAGCUGUGCUGCUUGCUGCCAUUGACUGGUCAUCGCAUAAUAAUGAUGUUACGGGUCAAAAAGCUCUGAAGCACAGAAGAGUGAAACAUUUUGGCUUUGAAUUUCGCUAUGACAACAACAAUGUAGACAAAGACAUGCCAUUACCCGGAGGUCUUCCUGAGGAGUGUCAUCCUGUACUGGAGCGGUGUAUGGAAAAUGGACAUUUGACAUUCAUGCCUGACCAGCUGACUGUAAACCAGUAUGAGUCUGGACAAGGUAUACCACCUCAUGUGGACACUCAUUCUGCUUUUGAGGACACCAUCCUUUCUCUAAGCCUGGGGGCAAAGACUGUGAUGGAGUUUCGGCAUCCCGACGGUCGUGUUGUAAAUGUCUUUUUGCCAGGUCGGAGCCUCUUGGUGAUGCAGGGGGAGAGCCGUUAUCUCUGGACGCAUGGAAUCACUCCUCGCAAAUUUGACAUGGUACCAGCCUGGGACCAGCAUUUCUCGACUCCUACAACAUGUGACCAUGGGGCUCUGAACCAUCUCACCUUGAGCAAAAGGGGAACCCGAACGUCUUUCACUUUUCGCAAGAUCAGACACGAACCCUGCUGCUGUGCAUUUCCAUCUGCCUGCGAUAGUCAAGGACCUCCUUCUCCACCGUCUCUACCAUCACUUCCUCGAGGCCAGGGUGAUGCAGCCCGUCUGGAGGCAGAGUACGUUCACCGUGUGUAUGAUGCAAUCGCCCCCCACUUCAGCAACACGCGCCACUCCCCUUGGCCACGUGUCUGCCACUUUUUGACCUCGCUCUUGCCUGGAAACGUGCUGGCUGAUGUUGGUUGUGGAAAUGGCAAGUAUCUGGGUGUCAACCCAGAGGUCAUUAGUGUGGGCUGCGACAGGAGCAGCGCCCUCAUUGAAAUUUGUGCCAACCGAGGUUUCCAGGCAUUUGUGUCCGAUGCCCUACAUGUCCCACUUCGCACGGCCACUUGUGACGCCUGUAUCUCUAUAGCUGUCAUACACCACUUUUCCACAGCAGAACGCCGCUUAGCAGCUGUGACUGAGUUGGUGAGACUUUUGAAACCCGGGGGUCGUGCUCUCAUAUAUGUCUGGGCUUUUGAGCAAGAGUACAAGCAGCAGAAGUCCAAGUACCUCAAAGAUAACAAUCCUAGGAACAACAUAUGUGAUGUAACCAAUGAGCCUGAGAGGAAACCCAGUGCCUGUGCCAGAAGAAACCUUGAAGAUUACAAGAAAAGACCUGCAGAUGAUUACACAGUGACUCAUGACAAACUGAGUGUUCAUAUUAAUCGGACAGCCUUCGACUCACAGGACCUUCUGGUACCAUGGCAUCUGAAAGAGGGGAAAGGAAGAAAAAGGGAGGGUGAUUUGGGAGAGACAAAAACAAAUAUAACAAAGUUUUCAACAGAUACUUGUCCAGACAACCCUGACUCUAGCGUUCUAUCCCACAGUAAUGCUGACAGGCAACAUGAUUCACAGAGGCAGACGAGCCCGGCGCCCGUUUUCCACCGUUAUUACCAUGUAUUCCAGCAGGGAGAAUUAGAGCAGUUGUGUGUGCAGGUGAAGGGGAUCAAACUGCAGAGUAGCUACCAUGACCAGGGCAACUGGUGUGUCAUUUUAGAGAAGGACUCUCUAAGUUGAAAUCUGUUAUUAUGGGGCUCUACAUUUCCGAAAAAGAAUGUAGUUCAAAGGUGCAAUAUCUUCGAGUAUUUUAGUAGACUAGUCCAACUGAAUAUAUGAUGGAAGCAUAAUGUCACUCAUUUGAGUGCAGACCUCUCUGCCUAUUAGCAAUCUAUAAAGGUUUUCAAGGGGAAGUUCAGACUUUUUGACAUUCGGCUUAAUCUUGGAGUUAGCGGAGGGUUAAUUAGUCGGUGGAGUUGAUUUUUUUUUUAGUGCUCUGGAGUGGCUAAGAUAGCGUGAGUCAAUGGUCACAUCUUAGCAUACCAAUAAAAAAACAACACACAUGGAUGAGAAUCACCGAUGACCAGUGCAACCAAUAGUGUUGGCUAUGUUUUAAGGAUAAAGUUAUUAAAACUUAGCAUUGCAAGUCAAUAAUUGUAGUAUGAACAGCAAACUUUGUAAUCCAGCAACUCUGCAGGGAACAGGCUGCAGAGCGGAGUGAUAUUUUUUCCACCUGUGUGUUUAUGUCUUAGCCAGCAGCAUGUAACCACAGUUUAUAUUGUUUCUCAUUCUUCAUAGGGAACUUGUGGAAAUUUUUCUUUUGCCCAUUUCUUCUGUCUGGUUCCACAGCCUUUGAAUGCACAUUUCAACGUGUUGCCGUUGUUUCGUCAAGACUCAAUAGACUGAUGCUGCAUUCGAGGGUGGUGGGAGGUUGGAGUUUUCCAACCUCCCACCAGGAAAAAUAUCAUUAAAACGCCACUCGAACUGCGAGGCCCUAGUCGCGAAGUCAGGGGUGGGGGAAAGUACCCCAACUUCACGAGUUUCUUCAUUCUGAUGUCACUCGAUAAAAUGGCGCUGCCCGUUUAAAAGCGGACCAUCAAUAGUAAAACAAAAGAAGGCAGUUUACAGUGUGUGCUAUUUACCUUAGCUGUCGUUUUUCCUCGACUAUUUGAUCGCUUACGCUUUGUCGGAAUCAGCCAUCUUGCUGUUUACAUUUGCUUAGAACGCUACGCUGGUACCAUCUGAGUGGGAUAAGUCAGUCUUCCAUCCUUCCUUGAAUGCAGCAUGUGCACGAGUGGCCGAAGCACUACUCUCUAUUGUGGCCGCAUUACACAUCUAAAAAAAAAAACAGUCCGGCAGAAUAAAAUGAACUACGGCAGUUUGGUGUGUCAUUGUUUUGACCGCAUGGAUAUUUGGAACAGUGGUCUGCAUUUUGAAUUUACGUAUUUGACUAAGAUCUGUUGAUAUCGUUAUUUUAUUGACAUUGCUAAGAUGGCAGCAUUGACUCGCGCAAACUUAGCCACUCCGCAACCCUGAAACUAACAAAUUACUUUUUGUAAGUUAUUACUUUUUUAAGUUUGAAUGACAGCAAGACUGAAGUCAUGGUGUUCAGACCAAAUAGCCAGGCCUUCCUGAAUGUUGACCUCGGUUCAUUGUCUCCAUUUCUUAAGAACUGUGUCAAAAAUCUAGGGGUCCAAUUUGAUUCCGAUUUUAAAUUUGAAAAGCAGAUUUCUUGCGUUGUCUGUGACUGUUUUUAUGAGCUUCGCCAGAUUGCUAAGGUGAAAUCUAUUGUUUCACGUUCUGAUUUGGAGAAGCUGAUCCAUGCUUUUGUCAUAACUCGACUGAAUUAUGGUAAUUCUUUGUGUGCAGGCGUCGGUCAGGCUGCACUGGCCCGUCAACAACUUGUGCAAAACUCUGCUGCUCGACUCCUAACUAAAACCCGCAGGCGCGAACAUAUAACCCCGAUUUUAGCAUCUCUUCACUGGCUCCCAGUACAUUACCGAAUACAUUUUAAGAUAUUAUUAUUUGUUUUUAAAUGUUUGAAUAAUCUUGCGCCGCCAUAUCUGUCAGAACUGCUUCAGCCUUACAGUCCAACCAGAACCCUCAGAUCAGAUGACCACCUGCUUCUAGAAGUCCCAAGAUCAAGGCUGAAGCUUAGGGGUGACCGUGCAUUUGCAGUGAUGGCACCCAGGCUGUGGAACCAAUUACCACUUACUAUUAGACAGGCCCCUUCACUUACGGAUUUUAAAUCACGCCUUAAAACAUUGUAUUUUUCUUCAGCUUUUAAUGUGCAAUGACUGUUUGUUUAUUUUAUUUUUAUGUGUUUGUUUUAUCUUUGAAAGUUAACUUACUUUGCUGUUUUAUGGUAUGUAAAGCACUUUGGACUCCUUGGCGGAUUUUUUAAAUGUGCUAUACAAAUAAAGUUGAUUGAUUGAUUGAUUGACAAACUGUUGAAAUCAACUCCACCGACUAAUCAAACCGACGUUAACUCGAAGAUUAAGCCUAAUGUAAAAAAUCCCGAACAAUUGCUUUAAUGUUGCUGUAAAGAGAUGCGGUUUGGUCAUUCAAGACCAGUGGUUCUUAACCUUCCUAAAGGACCAAGCCCAACAAGUUGCUCAUGUGCAGUCACAGAAUUCGAUGAUAAAACAGAUUUUUUUUCCUUCAAAUUCAAAAUUAAUAUAGCUGAGCUAAUAUCUAAGCGAAUUACCGUUCCAAUUCUUAUUUUGAAAGUUUAUUUUUAUAAACCUGUCAGAAUUUGAUGUUUAAUGUAUUUAUUUUUACGGAUAAAGAGAUGCCUAAAGCAUCUAUUUGGCAUGUAGUUGGCAGUGGUGGGUAGUAACGGGUUACAUCUACUCCGUUACAGUACUUGAAUAACUUUUUGAGAAAAAUGUACUUAUUAGAGUAGUUUUACUACGCAAUACUUUUUACUUGUGUAGAUUGUUUUAAGAAGAAACGCUACUCAGCUAUUUUGGCUACACUAGAGUUACAUUUUUUUUUUGUUUAUUCUACUUAUUGACUUCAUAUUUUUGCCAGAGAUGCCGAAAGUGUCUGUCUCGGUUUUACCUAUAAGGGGUCACAACAAUAACCACAUGACCCUGUUAUACCAAUCAGAGGUAACAAUGUUUUUCUCCACUAGAGGGCGCUUAUGCGCUUCGGACGGGGGAUGUUUCCAGUGUUGUUCUGGUCUGAAUUCGAUGAUUUUUGUGUCAUCUUUUUGGCCUAACAUUAUCAUGUAAUUGGUUAUAGUACAGUAUAAGAAUAACAGUUCAUACAUGUGAAGUUGUGCUGAGAAAAAAAAAAAAUUACCUUUGAUUAAAAAAAUCUGAAAAUCUGACAUUGUAAGAAGUUACUCUCAAUGUUACUCAAUACUUGAGUAUUCUUUUCAACUAAUAUGUUUAUACUUGAGUAAUAUUAUUUGGAAGUGACGCUAGUCAUACGUACUUGAGUAAAUUUUUUGGCUACUCUACCCACCUCUGGUAGUUGGCCUGCAGCCAUUUCUUAAACACACAUGGCCAAGACUUGCCCAAUGACCAUAUCUUUGAACUCUUCAUUCAUAUUUGGAGGGGGAAAAAAAACUUUUAUUGUUCUACUUUAAGCCUACUAGUGACGGGAUCUGUC